ACCGAAGCUUCGACUUCUGUUCGUGUGGUUGGAUGUUUAUCCCGAUUAUUUGAUAUAUACGGUAUACUCGGAGAUGUGUCCGCUAAGGCGAUUGAUGAUGAUAGCAAAAUUGCAGAUGUUUAUUUUUAGUCUUUUGUGCUCAAAACGAGGCGUCUUACUGUAACUAUAGGGUACAUUUAUAUAUAUUCAGACAAUGGAAAAAUGAUAUUCUAUAUCGUAAUUAGCUUAUUAUCGUAAUUAUAUAUUAGAUGUUAUUUCUAUUCUAUUUGUCCUUUUUCAUUCGACUAGAUAUACCGCCUAAAAGUUUAUUUUAAUCCCCACAUUCAAAGCAUCAACUUCCCCGUUUACCCCAUUUAAAGACGAAAAAAUGAAUCAACGUACGAUUUGGAUUUUAUUUGUAGUUAUGCUGACGAAUAUGUUCAGACAAAUAUCAGGUUUCUGUACUAAUUCAUCAUGUAGGAGUCGAAAUCCAUUUAGCUCAAGUACAUACUGUUGUCGUGAUGGAUAUUGUUGUUCAUAUACACGAUACAGAAAUGAUUUUUCGUACACCUACAACCGUUGGGGAGCAGGAUCAAUCAUUGGUACUAUUGUAGGAAACAUAUUCUUUAUGCUAGUAUGUGUUGUCGUAUGCUGGUACUGUUGCUACCGGAGUAAACGAGGUCAACGUCAAGCAUCUUCUGGACGUGUCAUAGUGACGCAACCGGUACCUACCAUUCAGCCAGGUCACCAAGGUUUACCGCCUUUGCAAAUGCCACAGCCCUACCCGACUAAUCAACCUAUGUAUCCACCGAGCGCAUAUCAAGAAACACAAUUUAUGCCAGUUCCAAGUGCUGCUCCACCCUCAUAUGUUGCAGCCACUCAAGGACAGUAUGCUCCUUAUCCAAUUAAAUGAGAGCGAUACAUCAAAUUCAAAUAUUAAGACUGAAUUUAUAGUAGUGCGAUUAUCGCAUUUCACCACCAAUGUUAACGUAGGUACACUGAAAUUAUAAUGCAAUGGGAAGACUUGUAAAGAUCUGUGAGAACAUUUACUCUUAUUUCAUGCUGCCACAUAUCCUGGAAAAUGGUACUCGUAACACAACGAUCACCACGACCCAGUUGCCAAAGCUGAACGUUACAUAAAUAUAUAUAUAAUAUUCACCAACUGACCUAGAUCCAGCACCUCGUGCUUUAGUGAAUGUUAUACAUAAAUAUCUGUUACUUACUUCAUGCCAUUAAUAUGAACAUAUGAUCCAGAUUCGAGCGCAUUUUAGCUAUUCUUGGUAGUAAUGCGGUCGUCCGGAUUGUCGAUGAAGUUCUUACCUACAGUCGACUAUUUGUUAUUUAAAGAACUGUUGUUGAUUUUCUAAAUAUCUGUUUGCUGUAAACAAUUUAAGCUUAAAUUAUCAGACCGAUUUUUGACUAAGCCGUAGGUAUAAGCAACGGCGGAAUUAAAACAGCAGAUAUAUAUUUGAGGGAAAUGGAUUAUUUUUGGACAGUGAUAUAAGAAAUAGUAUAUAUUAUUUAUAUAUAUGUAAGUUUAUUUCUAUAUCUGCAAGUUCCCUUGUUUACAAUGAAAUCAUUGACAGCAAUUGGUGAUUUAGUUUUUCUGUAAACGUUUCAUAUGUUUUUACUCUAAUUCUCUCUUUCUACUUUCUUUUUUAUUUAUAUAUAUAUAUGUGUGUGUGUGCUGUAUUCUAUUCGCCUUUUUCUAUAGUCCAUUUUCUAAACCCGAUGUCGGAUUAAAGUUUGUUAAAAUCACGGUGACGGUCAAGACAAGACGAUGCCUAUA